UUUAUGUAGGUAACCAAAAGUUUAUCAGGUUUCAUUUUUCCCUGACAAGUUAAACAUUACUAUUGCUGUUCAAGGCUACCUUCUUUAUUUUUAAGUGAGGCGGAUGGGAAGGAGGUCUUUUGUUUUGUAACCGAAAGGUUUGGAAUAUGCUUUGGAUUACUUGAAUAAAAAUCAGUGUCUCGGAUUUAUCGGCACUUUUAUUGCGUUUGAAUUAUGAUGAUCGUUGAACAACGAUCACUAUUAUUUUAAAACUGUAUCGUUCGUUUACACGGCAGCUUGUAGAUCAAGAAUCAAAACCCGUAUUGUGCAUUAGAAAUGUUGUUUUUGUCCCGGUCACUUAAAUCCCAGUAGUACCGUGCAUGUACUUACGUACACAACGCGGUCGGAUCAUUGAUAUUUUCAAUCGAUAAAACGCGAUCAAGGUGUCACUGGUUAGAAUACGACGUGAAAAGCCAAAACAGUUGUCUUGUCGAAGUAAACCGUUGUUGAUCCGAACACGAUUUCUAAAUUGCAUACGCUUACGAGACCAAGAAACAAUAAUAAAAAUAAUGUUCUUUGCCGAGAGCGCCGUGGCGUGUGGCGCUCGCGCAGUGUCCGCGCGGACGAUCGCGCGCACAAUUACACGCCCGUACGUAAACUAAUUAGUUUCGUUUCGUAUUUGCCGCCCAACACGACCCGAUGCCACGGCCAUUUCCACUGUUCGCGACAAACGACAACGACGCUAUACCGCUCUGAUGGUACCACCUCCGUUGCUCGAGCUCAGCGUUUUGUUCCUGUGCAUAACUGCUGGAGUGAAGUUUUGCUCGACGGACGUGGCACAGCUGCCUAUAGAUGUGGUCAGAGCGUCGACCGUCGGCAACAGUAGUACCGCUUACGAAUGUUUCGAGAACCAAUACGACAUGCCACUGGUGUUCUGGCACAAAGUGUCUUUGGAACCGAAACUCUCCUUGAUCCGGUCGCUGAGCAUACAAGAUUUGACCACUAAACGGGAACUGUUAAUGGCCGGCUGUAAAUGGCUAUGGGAUUCGGUGCCAGGACUGAUAUUGCUUGAAGUGUACUCGGGAGAUCAACCGAUUAAGACUUACAAAAAACCAGGCAACGUAUAUUCUUCGGUAAAAACCAAAACGAACAGUACGCAUUGGAGGUGCGACGAGAGCAGUUUCGUGGAACAUGUGGAAAUUACGUUUGAAAACAAAAUCACCGUAAUUGUCGAAGCCAACCUGUCCGCGGUGACGAUUGACCAGUGCGAAAAGUCCGACGAAUCCAACGUGUUCAACGGGACCAACAAGUGUCACGACACGACCACCGACUGUGUAUACAAACCGGGCGAUCGGCCAUUCUCAGCCGGGAAUUAUUGGUGCGUGUGCAAGCCGGGAUACUAUUCGGCGCACGUCAAGUACGACGGGGCACUGGUGGAAGUGGCAUUGCCCGAAGAGAUCGAGGAGAAAUAUUCGUGUCAUAAGUGCUGGGAAGGAUGUGACACGUGCGAAGGACCCGGAAGCUGUAUGGCCAAGUUUGCGUGGAUACAAAGAAGUACGUUUCUCGGAAUCACCGUCGUCUGUAUUAUAUUAACCGUGAUAUUGAUAUGGUUCGUUCACAAGAAUCGUCGAAUCAAAGUGUUUCGGAUUGCUAGUCCGACGUUCUUAAUCAUCACGUUGAUCGGCUGUAUUAUCAUGUAUUCGGAAAUGGGUAUCAUGUUCCCAGAAUGCACCCAGGAGCUGUGCGUGGCUACCAAGUGGGCGCGACAUUUUGGAUUUUGCAUCACGUACUUGGCGUUGUUGAUGAAGACUUGGAGGGUGUCGCUGACGUACAGAGUGAAGUCGGCGCACAAAUUGAAGCUCACUGACAAGCAGUUGUUGCAAUGGAUGACGCCGAUACUAGUGAUAAUAUUGGUCUAUAUGGGAUCCUGGACGCUCAGCGAUCCGCCCCAGGCCGUGCUGUGUAAAGAAACGGAUACAGAGCUCAAGUUUUGGCGGUGUUCAAAUGACUGGUGGGAUUAUUGUCUGGCUGUCGGUGAAGUCUUGUUCCUGGUAUGGGGUGUUCGAGUAUGUUACGUCGUGAGAAACGCAGAAUCGUUUUACAAUGAAGCCCAAUUGAUCAAUUUUGCCAUUUACAACAUAUUCAUAGUUAACAUAACCAUGAUGACGAUUCAUUUUUUCCUGUUCCCUGAUAUCGGGCCCAAUUUCAAAUAUACAUUAGGAUUCAUCCGGACUCAAUUGAGUACUUCAGUAACCAUUGGUUUGGUCUUUGGUUCAAAAGUGAUAAGAGUGUUGAAAGGACAAGGGGACCAUUGGGAGAAAAAGCUUCAGGCUAAAGGUCUGAUGUCAUAUGAGAUGAACGAGGUAUGUGAAGAAACUAACGAUCUACAAACAGAAAAUGAAGAACUUAAAGAAGAAAUAUUUAAAUUGGCUACACAAAUAGGUUUAUUAAAAAAUUCAUUAAUGCACGUGAACAAUAGACAUCUGAGGAAGUAUGGUUGCCAGAGUUGCAAUCCAGUGAUUUUGAAUCAACAGACUCCGACUAGUAAGACAGGUAGCUUCUUCAAAAGUUUAGGUUCAAAUAACUGUUUAGCCCCUUCGCCAAAUGCAUAAAAACAGUAUAUAAUAUUGUGUAAAGAGAGAUUCUGGCUUUUAAAUACCAAUAAAAUAUUCAC